GGGCGGGGGGGCAAUGCCGAGUGCUGACACAGCGGCAGCUCACGGCACGGAGGCGCCGCAGCGUAUCCUUAGCAACACGGUCAUGAGGGUGGCGACAGUGAGAGAUGUGGGCUGUGUUAGAUGUGUGAGAGAUGUGAAAUGUAGGAGAUGUGAGCUGUUUGAGAUGUGAGAGAUGUGUGAGAUGUGAGCUGUGAGAGAUGUGUGAGAUGUGAGAGCUGUGAGAGAUGUGUGAGCUGUGAGAGAUGUGUGAGCUGUGAGAGGUGUGAGACGUGAGCUGCGUGAGACGUGAGCAGUGUGAGAUGUACGCGCUGUGUAAGAUGUGAAUUGCAAGCUCUGUGAUUCUGCGGAAAAGCAUUACUCAGCAAAAACACGCGGACGCGCCAACUCGAGCUGCGCCCCGCGUGCACGGUGGAUCUCAGCAGCAGCAGCAGCGGCAUCAUCAUCAGCACCUCCUCCUGGCGGACUGCGGCACGGCGCGGGCCCCGCGGCUGCUGCUGCUGCUGCCUCUCCUCGCUCGGCACCUGCACGGACGGAACCCGCACCCCGACCUCCUCCGUCUGUCUCCCUUAACCCCUUCUCCCGGAACCCUUUCCCCCUAACCCCCGUGCCACUAAACCCUGUCUCCCGGCACUCGCUAUCCCUCAUCCCCCUUCUCCCAGAACCACUUUCUCCCCGGUCUCCGUUCCCUCGCCCCAUCUCCCUUAGACGCCCUUCCGCCUGGACCCUCAAACCCCGUCUCCCUUAAACCCCCUGUUUCCCCAUACCCCCCAAACCCCGUAUUCCCGUACCCCCCAAACCCCGUAUUUUCGACCCUCAAACCCCGUAUUCCCGGACCCCCCAAACCCCGUAUUCCCGACCCCCCAAACCCCGUAUUCCCGACCCCCCAACCCCCGUAUUCCCGGACCCCGUCUCCCCCCGCGACCCCCAUCCCGCGGGACUCGGUGCGAGACUCAGUGCGGGACUCAGUGCGGGACUCGGUGCGGGACUCGGUGCGGGACUCAGUGCGGGACUCAGUGCGGGACUCGGUGCGGGACUCAGUGCGGGACUCGCGCCGAGAUGACGCCUCUCCUCCUCCUGGCGGCGUGGAGCUGCGGCGCUCUGCCCGGUCUGGGCGGCGCGCACCCCAGGGACGGUGGCGUACACCGACACCAGAGCCUCGUCUCCAAGGAGAUAGUCACUCCCUUUCGGCUCGUCACGCGAAUGGAAGACGGCAACGAGACCGCCGUGGCUGCGCUGUCGACAAAAAUCCGCCAAAGGACGGCGCGCGCCCAGCAGCAGGUCUUCCACAUUGCUCAAGCUAGCUUCCUCAUCAAUGUGUUUGGAUUAUCAUUCAUCCUGGACGUUCAUCUAAACCACGAUCUGCUUUCGUCAAAUUACAUGGAAAAACAUUUUAACGGUGAAGGAAGAUCACUGCUGUCGAAGGGUGGAGAGCACUGCUACUACCAGGGGAAGAUACGUGGAGUCGUCUUCUCCGUUGUGGCCAUCUCCACUUGCCAGGGAUUGCAUGGAAUGUUUGGUGAUGGGAACUUUACUUACCUGAUACUUCCUUUGAGAAAGAGCAGUAAACAGGACAAGGAGCACCCACAUGCCGUCUACAGAAACACGGGACUGGGCCCCGCGGUCAGCCCAUUUGCUUACGAACGCACAUCGCUCAAACAAGAUCCUGACGUGAAGAGUGAUGUGCUGCGUACAAUUUCUAUCAAAAGGAUAAAGAGGAUGAUUGACACGAAGAGUGCUUAUGAUGAAACAAAAUAUGUGGAGCUGGCCAUAGUGAAUGACUACUUCAUGUUUAAGAAACAUCAUUUGUCGCUGACGCACACGAACAGCUUUGCUAAGUCCGUGGUGAAUCUGGUGGAUGCCAUCUAUAAAGAGCAGCUGAACACUCGGAUAGUUUUGGUGUCCAUGGAAACGUGGACGGACCGCAACCGGCUGGUGGAGAGCGACGAUCCUCUCCAUAUGCUGCACCUCUUCAUGCAGUACCGGCAGCAGAACAUGUCGGGCAGGAGUGACACAGUACACCUGUUCACUGGGAGAACAUUUCUGAACAGCAGAAGUGGCGCUGCGUUUGUUGGAAGCAUUUGUUCCACUGCAAAAGGAGGAGGCAUCAAUGAGUAUAGCAAUCCUGAAGGUAUGGCUGUUACACUGUCUCAAAAUAUUGCACAAAACCUUGGGAUGAUGUGGGAGCCGAGACAUUCAGCAGAUGAUUCAGUGAGCUGCAAGUGUCUGGACAAAUGGAACGGAUGCAUCAUGAUGGAGGAUUCUGGGUUCCACCUCCCACGGACGUUUUCCCAGUGCAGCCUCGUGGAAUACCAGGAGCUGCUGCAGCAGGGUGGCGGCGCCUGCCUCUUCAACAAGCCCACACAGCUCUUGCAGCCUCCAGAAUGUGGGAACGGAUUUGUGGAGCAUGGAGAAGAAUGCGACUGUGGCUCCUCCGCUGAAUGCGAGAAGAUGGGUGGUAACUGCUGCAAGAAAUGCACCCUGACACACGAAGCCCUCUGUGGAAAUGGUCUCUGCUGCGACUCGGAAUGUCAGUUGCUUUCCCGGGGAGAAGUGUGUCGGGAGGCGGUGAAUGAUUGUGACGUCAACGAAACGUGCACGGGAGAUUCCAGCCAGUGUCCAGAAAAUGUGCACAAGCAAGAUGGAUACUGGUGCAACGACCAGCAGGGACGCUGCUAUCAAGGAGAGUGCAAGUCACGAGAUGGACAUUGCAAGUACAUAUGGGGAUCUCGCGUGGUGUCGGCCGAUAAGCACUGCUAUGAAAAACUCAACGUCGAAGCCAAUGAGAAGGGCAACUGUGGCAAACGUGAUAGCAGCUGGAUACGGUGUCAAAAAGAUGACAUCCUGUGCGGAUACUUGCAUUGUUCCAGCAUCGCAUGGCCUCCCCGAGUAGGGGAAAUGGAUGGAGACAUUACCAAGGUGGAGAUGUACAAGGAAGGAAGAUACAUCGAUUGCAGUGGUGGCCACGUGAUGCUAGCUGACGGAAUGGACCUGGGAUAUGUUCCAGAUGGAGCCCCCUGUGGACACAAUAUGAUCUGCUUGAGACAAAAGUGCAAUGCAAUCCGUAGCCUAAACCUCACGGCGUGCCCAUCGAAUACGGAGGACAGCUGCUCAGGACGUGGGAUUUGCAGCAACAUGGCCAAGUGUGUUUGUGAUCACGAGUGGGCUGGGAGCGACUGCAGCGUCUAUGAUCCUCUCAUCAUGGCACCACUUCCAACUGAAAAACCAAUUCCAGGGCCCAGUGCUGCAAAUAUUAUCAUUGGAUCCAUUGCAGGUGCCAUACUGGUGGCUUCUAUUGUCAUUGGAGGAACUGGAUGGGGUUUUAAGCCUGCGCCAAGAAGAAGAGAUGCUGCUCAAGGACCCAUAUAAACCGUUUCAACGCCGUUGGAUUGAUUUGCUGAUGCCAUAUUUUUAAAACUUUGCAUCGAUACGUAACUUUUGUACAGCCCUUGCACUAUGAAAUACGAAACUGUAUAUUAUCUAUGCAUGAUUCAAUGUGAAUAAUUGCUGGUUGAAAAAAAUAUAUCAUGAAAUAUUACAAAUAGAAUGCUUAAAGUGUUAAUGCCUUUAAAUGCAUGGUUGAGGUAUAAAGCAACAUACAUUUUUGAAUUAUUCCAAAAAGUACCAUAUUUAGCAUUGACAAAGAGCAUGGAAUUAUGUAUACACUAUGGUGUACUUGGCAAUAUUUUUUUUAAAGUUUGCAAAUAUACUGUAAACUUUCUUAAAAGUUUAAUUAUAAACAAACUUGAAAAAUUG